GAUUUGGUGGGGAGAGGGAGAAAUAGAGCCCCACAUCUACUGAUCCACCCUACCUUUAAUUUCUUCCUUGUUAUUUUUGUCGUUUAAAUCUUCAUCAGAUCGGUAAUCUACACAUAUUUGCCCAUUUGCGAAAAAGGAUGCAGCAGCCUUGUCGGUUUCCACUCUUGGCUCUCUUGGUAGUUUUGUUGGUGAACCAAGCCCAAUGCUCCCCUAGACAACUGAAAGUUCAAGAACUCCAGAACAAACUUGACCAAAGAUUCUUGUAUUCCACACAAUCUCCACACCCCUCAAAUCCCACUAAGAUUGAAGGAAGAGUGCUGUAUCCAAUUGGGUAUGGGGCAGACCCAACAGGAGAAGAUGACAGCAGUAGCGCAAUAAUGGAGGCUCUUGAUGAUGCCCUCAAGUCCCAGAAAAAUGGGGCUGAGCUGCUUCCUGGGGUCAAGGACUUGGGUGGCCUCAUCUUGGAUUUUCAAGGUGGGGAUUUUAGGAUCAGCCAUCCCAUUAUCUUCCCGCCUGGUGUUGGAAAUAUUGUGGUACAAGGAGGAACACUGCGAGCUUCCAACAAAUUUCCAGGGGACAGGCAUCUGAUCGAGCUUGAGGUGAAAGACCAAAAUGGUAGAAUUCAUUACGAAGACGUGACGUUUCGGGACAUCCUCUUCGACUCGAGCCUCCGAGGAGGAGGGCUGUUGGUGGUUGACUCGGCCAGAAUUCGGGUAACCAACUGCUUCUUCCUCCACUUCACCACCCAGGGAAUCCUCGUCCGUAGAGGCCACGAGACCUUCAUAACCCACACCUUCCUCGGCCAGCAUCCCACCGUGGGUGGCAGUGAAGGCGAGAAGGAUUUUUCCGGCACUGCUGUUGAUCUCGCCAGCACUGAUAACGCCGUCACCGACGUCGCAAUCUUCUCCGCCGCCACCGGCAUUGUGCUCAGGGGUCAGUCUAAUAUAAUCACCGGCGUUCACUGUUACAACAAGGCUUCAACUUUUGGUGGUGUUGGGAUAUUGGUCAAGGCAGCACAGAAUAGGAUAGACAAUUGUUAUCUUGACUACAACUCUAUUGUGAUUGAAGACCCUUCACGGGUUCACGUCACAAAUGGCUAUUUUCUUGGGGAUGGCAAUGUUAUAUUGAAAUCGGUUUCGGGUCGCAUUUCGGGUCUCAAUAUUGUCAACAAUAUGUUCAUUGGGGAGCCAAUGCAUAUGCUACCAAUUGUCCAAAUUGACGGUUCCUUCAAGGAUGUGGACCAGGUUGUGAUUGAUCAGAACCAUGCCCACGGCAUGAGGCUCAAAUCCACCGCCGGAAAAUUGACGGUUGCCGGAGAUGGGACCAAGUGGGUGGCUGAUUUUUCCCCGGUUUUGGUGUUUCCUAAUAGAAUCACCCAUUUUCAAUAUUCAUUCUACAGUAGAGGGGUUGCUGGUUUUCCAGCACAUGCAGUCACAAAUGUAUCAGGCAAUGUUGUAGUUGUAGAGAGUGAGAAGCCUGUCCAAGCUUUAGUCUCUAUUUUUGUUGAUCAGAAUAAUAUCUUUGGGGACAGAAAUAUUAAGUUGUAUUAGAUAGGGAAACUCUAACUAAAUUAAUUCAUAUUGUCUUUAGUAGAA